UUUAUUGAAUAGAUCAUUAUCUCUGCCCUGCUGAAAGAAGAAAAAAAAAGUGUAAACCAGUUUAAGCUGUUGACUGAUCUUAGCUGGUCUUCCAUCCCAGUCAGAGCUGGUUUAUGUCUUAGAGAAGAUCAUUCAGGUCAGUCUUUGCAGUAUGUUAGUUAUCUACACUAUGUAUCCAUAGCACAAAAGGCUAUGUGGCGAAAUUUAACACUGAGGGCUAUGGGUUUGCAAAUAAUUAUCCUAAAUAAAAGAAACAACAACAGCAGCGUUAUAAAAAAGUCCUAAAACAAAAACCAACGGGCACCAAUAGAUGGCAGCAGUGGAAUGUAAUUGCAGGGUAAAAUGCAAACAUUAAUUGUGAGCCAAGCACGUGCUAAAUCUGAGAUGAGCUGUUCUUCCUGCUGUUUACAAAAAAGUCUGCACAGUUCAAGACCAGAUUGCAAAGGGCUUUCAUAAUGAAGUACCUCUUGUCUCGUGUAAUCCCACGCUCCAGUUAAAUUAAAGCAUACAGUAGACUUGGCCUUAAUCAUAGAGAUCAUAUAGCUUGAUCUUUAUGUCCCUGGACUUAAACACCUGAGUGUCAUUAACUGAGUGCACCAUAAAUUGCCCCUCAGAGACUCCCACUGUGCGCGCACGCUCAUCUAAUUUGAUUUCUAUUCCCACGUCGUGCGUCAAUCCUGACGUCAUUAGAACGAUGCGUGACCAUGGUAACACGUAGCCAGAGCUGCUAUGUAGCGACUCUUUUAUCGACUCGAAUCGGUUCAAAACAACGAGUCGUUCACAACACAUGCGCUGCGCAUCAUCCAGCGCUCGCGCUCUCCCUCACUUCAGCGUCUCUCAAGAGCGCGUCUCCUGGUCUUAUGUGAGCUCACUGGACGCGUCAUUUAACGCCAGCGUCUCGGUCAUUCAGUCCAGACAGAGCGAGGCAAACGGAGACAAGAGGCGGAGAGUAAGAGGAGCACGGCCGCUUCACCCAGACAGACGCGCGAGACAAGGUCGACGGAGCCGGAGCGUAACGAGCGGUUCUGCGUGUCGCGCUCGGACGCUCCAGACGCGGGUGUUCAGCGCUCUCUCCACGAGUUGGGAUCCAGGGGUGUUAAAUCUGGAGGCGGGGAGCCUGGGAUGAGCCUGCUGUCGGGGGGCUUCGGCAUGGCGGGCUGGGGGUCCGGCUGUGUCCUGAUGCUGCUCGCGCUCUGGAGGCCGGGUGCCGCUUGUCCGGAGCGCUGCACGUGCACGGGCGCGCGGAUCUCGUGCGUGGAUGCGGAGCGCAGCAUUGUGGCUUUUCCCAUGCUACAGUCCGAGGCAGAGAUGGAGAACAUCACAGACAUAUACAUUGCAAAUCAAAGCAGCUUCAAAUCCAUUAAUGAAAAAGAUCUGGACUCGUACCGCAACCUCAGAAACUUAACCGUAACGAACACGAGGCUCGCAUAUAUUUCACGGCAGGCCUUUCAGAGCAACCUCAAACUACAAUAUCUGAAUCUGAAAGAGAACAAUCUGUCCAAUCUUUCCUGGAGGACGUUUCGUCAUUUAAACAUUUCAUAUCUGCUGCUGGCGGGCAAUCCUCUGCAGUGCAUCUGUGAAAACGUGUGGCUGAAGCAGUGGAGAGGAGAGGAGGCCGAGGACCUGCUGUGUGUGGAGGAGAGGGGAAGGAGGAGAGCACUGUCUGCGCUCAAACUGACCAACUGUGUUCUCCCCACUGUGACUCUCAAACCCACUAAAGUGACCAUGCAUAAAGGGUUAAAUGUGACGCUGGUGUGCAGCACCUCAGGAAUGCCCACGCCUAAUCUGAACUGGAGCACCUGCAAAUUAAAUUCAACGUACGAGCAGCACGAGCGCUCGGGUCAGAGGUCAGAGUUCAGACUCGUCAAUGUCUCUUCGCUGGACAACGGAUGCAAAAUCACCUGCAGCUCAGAAAACAUGGUGGGACAGGCUGAUGCCUCCGUGGAUCUGGACAUACUGUUUCCUCCUGUAAUCAGCAAGCUGAUGGAUGCGAUCUCGGACCACCACUGGUGCAUUCCCUUCAGCGUGUCGGGCAACCCAGAGCCCAAACUGAGCUGGUUAUUAAACGGCAAACCCGUGGAGGAGGGUCCCUUCAUCCGGACCAUGAUCUACGAUUACUCAGAGGGCGAGUACCACGGCUGCUUACACCUGGACAGUCCCACGCACAUCAACAACGGAGAAUACACACUGCUGGCCAGGAAUGAACACGGAGAGAACCGCAAGGCAGUAUACGCGCAUUUCAUGCACGAGCCGUGGAACGAAUCAGUUACUGAUCCGCUGUAUUAUGAUCCCACUACAGAUGACACUCCUGUUGGACCGCCUGAGGACAAAGUUGCUGUGUACGUGGUCGUGGGAAUUGCGGCGGUCACAUUCACAGGCUUCAUCCUGAUGCUUGUCAUUCUGAAGUUUGGACGCAACUCGAAGUUUGGAAUCAAAGGUCCUUCCUCAGUCAUCAGUAAUGACGAUGACUCUGCCAGUCCUCUUCAUCACGUGUCCAACGGCUCAAACACACCAUCGUCCUCGGACAUGAACGCAGACGCCGUCAUCAUUGGCAUGACCAAGAUUCCCGUCAUAGAGAACCCGCAGUACUUCCGCAGCACCAGCAGUCUGCUCAAAUCUCAUACAUUUGUUCAGCACAUUAAGAGGCACAACAUUGUACUGAAGAGGGAACUUGGAGAAGGAGCGUUUGGGAAAGUGUUUCUGGCCGAAUGCUACAACCUGUCCACAGAUCAGGAGAAGAUCUUAGUGGCUGUCAAGACUUUGAAAGAGGCCAGCGAGAACGCCAGGAAGGACUUCCAUCGUGAGGCCGAGUUGUUGACCAAUCUGCAGCACGAACACAUCGUCACAUUCUACGGCGUGUGUGUGGAGAGCGAUCCACUUAUUAUGGUGUUUGAGUACAUGAAACAUGGCGACCUCAAUAAGUUCCUUAGGGCUCACGGUCCUGAUGCAGUACUGAUGGCUGAGGGACAGGUGCAGCAGCAGGCAGAGCUCACUCAGUCUCAGAUGCUGCAUAUUGCACAGCAGAUCGCCGCAGGCAUGGUGUAUCUGGCUUCCCAGCACUUUGUUCACAGAGACCUGGCCACACGAAACUGCCUAGUCGGGGAGAAUCUCUUGGUGAAGAUCGGAGACUUUGGGAUGUCCCGAGAUGUCUACAGUACGGAUUACUAUCGGGUUGGAGGUCAUACCAUGUUGCCCAUCCGCUGGAUGCCACCAGAAAGUAUCAUGUACAGGAAGUUCACCACGGAGAGUGAUGUCUGGAGUCUGGGAGUAGUGCUGUGGGAGAUCUUUACCUAUGGGAAACAGCCCUGGUACCAACUGUCAAAUAAUGAGGUGAUUGAGUGUAUCACCCAAGGUCGUGUACUUCAGCGACCCCGGACCUGUCCGAAGGAGGUGUAUGACUUGAUGCUGGGAUGCUGGCAGAGAGAACCGCACAUCCGACUCAACAUUAAAGAGAUCCAUAACCUGCUCCUAAACCUGGCCAAGGCAUCACCGGUGUAUCUGGACAUCCUGGGAUAAGAGAGCUAUUGCCACAUGUGGGACUGCGACUGGAUUCCCGAAACAGCCCCCUCCUCUGUCCAACCCAAAAUCUCCUUCUUCUACAGCUUUAACAUCUCCUUCCUUGUCCUCCUCCUCAUCAACGUAUUCUCAAUAUAAUAUGGAGAUGGGAUCUUGUACAAUGACAAUGAAUGAUGCAUUUCUGAACAAGAAUAGACUAAAUGGAAAGAGCCGCAUUGAAGUGACUAUAGUUUAGUUACCAAGAAUAAUAUUUUCAGCCGUCCUCAACUUCUGGAGCAAGUUCACACCUGUAAAUUCCAUUUGGGGAAAAAUGCAUUUGGGACUUGAGGAAGGGCAUCCCUCUUAAUAACAGAGGAAACAGCAGCUCCAUAAACGAUGACCAAACACAAAUUUGAGGAAAAAAACAACAACUUUUCUGCCCAUCAGAGUCCUGUCGGCUCCCAUCUGUUGCAUCCUUAAUCCGAUACAAAGCACAGAACCUGAAACUGGCAUGGACCAACAGUGGCAAGCUGCGACUAUAUCUAUAUGUAUACAUGUCUGUUUAUGGAACUGGACGCUAACAGUGUAGUUUCACAGUUGAGCUACUCUAAAUAAAAGCUUCUGGACGCUGACAGGAUGUUGUUGCUGCCGAACUCAUCUGAAAUGGAGAACUAACCAAUUAAAAUGUGGCAAGAACAUAAGCAUUAUUUAGUCCCCACCACUUUUGCCAGGGCCAAUUUUGUCCCUCCAUUUCAACCAAAUUUGUGGGUUAUGACGAGUGCAGUGGACGUGUCUCCAAUUGUCAAGCAAAGAAUAUCAUUUUGUUAGUAUGAGUAGCGAUCUGGUGAUGUAAUUAGUUAUGAUACAUGAAUUUUGGAAAUUUCUAUAAAUAAUUUUGGUAGCACUUUAUUUUACAGUCCUGUUCCU